GGGUACAUGGAAAACUCCAUUUCCUACAGUGCUAUUGAAGAUGUUCAACUGCUCUCCUGGGAGAAUGCCCCCAAGUACUGUUUACAGCUCACAAUCCCAGGGGGUACUGUCUUACUGCAGGCUGCAAACAGUUACCUGAGGGAUCAGUGGUUCCAUUCUUUGCAGUGGAAGAAAAAGAUUUACAAGUACAAGAAGGUGCUCAGUAACCCCAGCCGCUGGGAGGUGGUGCUGAAGGAGAUCAGGACACUGGUUGACAUGGCGCUGACGUCUCCGCUUCAGGAUGACUCUAUCCACCAAGCACCACUGGAGAUUGUCUCAAAACUGCUCUCGGAGAACAACAACUUAACCACUCAAGACCACGAGAGCAUUAUUGUGGCAAUUGCACCUUUGCUGGAAAACAACCAUCCUCCUCCUGACCUCUGUGAAUUCUUCUGCAAGCACUGCCGAGAGCGCCCGCGGUCCAUGGUUGUGAUAGAAGUGUUCACACCAGUGGUACAGAGGAUUCUCAAACACAACAUGGAUUUUGGGAAGUGCCCUCGGUUGCGGCUGUUUACUCAGGAGUAUAUUCUGGCUUUGAAUGAGCUGAAUGCUGGAAUGGAGGUGGUGAAGAAGUUUAUUCAUAGCAUGCAUGGUCCAACUGGACAAUGCCCCCAUCCCAGGGUCCUGCCAAAUCUUGUAGCUGUCUGCUUAGCGGCCAUUUAUUCAUGUUAUGAGGAAUUUAUCAACAGUCGAGACAAUUCGCCAAGCCUGAAGGAAAUUCGGAAUGGCUGCCAGCAGCAGUGUGACCGAAAGCCUAAUCUCCCGCUCCGCCUUCUCCACACAAGUCCUGACCUGGUCUCUCAAGAGGCCACCUUGACUGAAUCCCGUCUCAAACCAGUUAUUGUCACUUCAAAUGAGAUCCACGUGGAAGUGGAGCGCAACAACACAGCUAAUCAGAAGAUGACAGCCAACGUUGGCAACGACAGUGAGCCUAACCUGAUUGACUGCUUGAUGGUCAGUCCUACCUGCAGCACCAUGAGCAUUGAGCUGAGUGCCCAGGCAGACAGGAUCCUUGGCUGUUACGUUGAAAUACUCAAGAUGCUGUCAGACUAUGAUGACUGGCGACCAGCUCUGGCCAGCUUGCUUCAACCUAUCCCAUUUCCCAAGGAGGCUCUUGCACAUGAGAAAUUCACGAAGGAGCUGAAAUACGUGAUUCAGAGAUUUGCAGAAGACCCGAGGCAAGAAGUCCACUCAUGUUUGCUGAGUGUGCGGGCUGGCAAAGAUGGCUGGUUCCAGCUCUACAGCCCUGGAGGAGUGGCAUGUGAUGAUGAUGGAGAGCUGUUUGCCAGUAUGGUACGUGUCUGCAAUAAUGUUCAUAUUUUAAUGGGAUCCUGCUACAAAACAAAGAAGUUCCUGCUUUCGCUGGCUGAAAAUAAAUUGGGACCUUGCAUGCUACUGGCUUUGAGGGGUAACCAGACAAUGGUAGAGAUUUUGUGCUUGAUGCUGGAAUACAACAUCAUCGAUAACAACGACACCCAGCUCCAGAUCAUCUCUACCCUGGAAAGCACAGACGUGGGAAAGAGAAUGUAUGAACAGCUGUGUGACAGGCAGAGGGAGUUAAAAGAGCUGCAAAGAAAAGGUGGUCCCACAAGGUUAACACUGCCAUCCAAGUCCACAGAUGCAGACCUGGCCCGCUUGCUAAGCUCGGGAUCUUUUGGAAAUUUGGAAAACCUCAGCCUGGCCUUUACCAAUGUGACAAGUGCUUGUGCUGAGCACCUCAUUAAACUGCCUUCACUCAAGCAGCUGAACCUGUGGUCAACUCAGUUCGGAGACGCAGGGUUGCGGCUUCUGUCUGAACACCUCACGAUGCUGCAAGUGCUCAACCUGUGCGAGACUCCUGUCACGGAUGCUGGGCUGCUGGCACUUAGUUCCAUGAAGAGCCUGUGUAGUUUAAACAUGAACAGCACCAAACUUUCAGCAGAUACCUACGAAGAUCUCAAGGCGAAACUGCCCAAUCUGAAAGAAGUGGACGUCCGCUACACUGAAGCGUGGUGAACUCUUCCCUGCCUCUGACUCUUCUCUUUUGCUUCUCGUGAGAAGGAAAAGAUUUUUAAAACAAACAGAGGAAAGCAAACCAGAAAAUAACUUUUGACUAAUACCUGUAGAGCAAUGAGUCCUGGGACUUGGUGGUAGGAGUCGUGGUUGUGGGGUAAAGGAGUGGCGUUGUGUGUGUCGGGGGGGACAGGGCAAGCCUGGACCCGGCCGGAUUCUUUCAGCGUUGUGAUUUCAGAAUCAACAUAACUUAAAUUGAAAAGGUUAAAAAAAAAAAAAAAAGGA